ACUGUCUUUGAGCUUUAUAACUUUCCUUUGCCCGAAACAACCCGCAAAGUGGCAACAAACCCGGCGAUCGAGUUUAAUUCAUCAGUUUCACUGUUGCAAAUCACCAUGUCCCAUCCCGACGCAGAACCCUCCGCUGACCUCCCCCCUCACACCGACCCUGGCCCCUGUCAGGAUGUCCCAGCAGCCUUUGCGCCACCUCCAGCUCCCCUGCAGCCGCCUUUGAUCCCUGAGAGUGUUGACUUCCCACAGCCCACCACAGAGGACACCGUUAAAGAGGACACCGUUAAAGAGGACACCGGCAAAGAGGACGCCUCGGAGGGUCCAACUGACCAACCGGAGCCAGCUGCCGAGGGUCAGGUGAUCAUAUGUGACCAACCGGUGAGCCUGGAGCCGGAGCCAGAGGCUGCAGAGGAGGAUGUGGAGAGCUCACCUCAGGAGAAAGAUAAAGGUUGGGGAGGUUGGAGUUCAUGGGGAAAAUCUCUCCUGAGCAGCGCCUCCUCCACAAUGGGUCAGAGCCUGACCUCAGUUAAAACCAAGGCAGGAGAAGCUCUGCGUCUCCACAGGACCUCAGUGGGAGAGGAGGUGCAUGAGGAGGAGGGAGCAGAGGAGGAGGGGGAGGAGAAGAAAGAGGGAGGAGGUGAAAGUGAGGAGACGGAGCUGUCCAGCUCUGGGGAGACUCCUGUGAACGCUGCAGCUUCUGGCAGGGGCGUCUUCUCUACGAUCACACACGCCGUGCAGAACACAGGUAAGUCGGUGAUCAGUGGCGGUUUAGACGCCUUGGAGUUCAUUGGAAAGAAGACCAUGAAUGUCCUGGCUGAGAGUGACCCGGGUUUCAGAAAGACCAAGACCCUGAUGCAGAAGACCGUAUCUCUAAGUCAGAUGUUAAAGGAAGCCAAAGAGAAAGAGCGAGCCCGUCUGGGCAACCAGCCAAUCAGUGCACCCACAGCUCACUACGGCAUUCUGUUUGACGACUACCAGGGCCUGCCUCACCUCGAGGCCCUGGAGAUCCUGUCCAAUGAGAGCGAGGCCAAGGUCCAAGCCUACCUCUCCUCCCUGGUGGAAGAGGAGCAGGAUGAGGUGAAGAAGGAGCUGAUUUUCAUUAAGGACAUCUUCAUCAAGCGAGAGGAAGAGGGAAAAGAAGAAGAACAAGAAGAAGGAGAAGGAGAAGGAGAAGGAGGACAGACCAAGGAUAACGGUGAUCUAAGUUCCCACGUACACUGUUCUACCCCCCUAUCGGCUGACGGCGAGGAGUUUGUGAGCGUUCUCACUGAGCUGCUGUUCGAGCUUCAUGUUGCUGCAACGCCGGAUAAACUCAACAAGGCUCGGAUGAGGGCCCAUGAUUGGGUGAACGAGGUGGAACAGCCUGUCUCUGCGGAGACUGUUGACGGGGAAACGCACGACCAGCCGGCAGGAGAGGCCCCACCUGGAGAGAAGGAAAAGGAGGAGAUGAAGAAGAAGGAUGGGGAGGAGCAGCAGGGGGAGGAGGGGAAGGGAGGAGAGGAGGAGGAGAGGAAGGAGGAAGAGAACGACCCCAGAUCCGUAGAGGCCGUCUACCUGUCAUCAGUAAGCAGUCUGGCAGAAGUGACGGCUCGCAGCAUCGAGCAGCUCCACAAGGUGGCAGAGCUCAUCCUCCACGGUCAGGACCUGGAGAAACCAGCCAGAGACCAGGCUCACAUCCUCACCAGGUUGACAUGUGCCAUGUGUAAGGAGGUGGAGUGUUUGGCAAAGAAGUUCUCUGACACACUGCUUCUUGUUGGGGGCCAGAGGAAAGCAGAGAGGUUGAAUCCGCUGGUAGAUAAUGUGCUGUUAGAGGGCUCCAACAGUACCAACUACAUCGAGAAUGCUCUUCAGCUGCUGCUGCCCGUCCUGCAGAUCUCCCACAUCCAAAGCCAGCACUGUCGCUCCACCACAGAACCAGCAGCAGAGACGCAGCACUAACACACA